AUGACUAUGACCUGUGAGUGCGUCAGAUGAAUUUGCUUCAUGAAAGGGAGCCAAGGUUACCUGCACCAAUAUCGAAGACAACACCGCGCACGUUUGGCUUAAUGAGUGACUCUUUUAUGCCUUGCGUGUUUCCAUCUAUGCCGUUCCCGUAUUGUGCCCAAACAUGAGACAUGAAUUUGCGUGAAAGCGCAUGAGGGCGAAAAAGAAGCAACGGACUGUGUAGAACGGUGCGUAGAGUCGGUAGCAGAGCAAUGGAUAUUGCAAAUCGAAGGUCUUGCAAUAGCCCUACGGAGACGGAUAACUUCAUAGCCACUACACAAGACUGAAGAGUACCGUCCACACCUCCGGAUGGUGAUGGUAUAGGUUCAAGGUUCUGAGUUUCGACAUACAGAAUCAGGGACCUAUUUGCUGAAAGGUACUGUGUUAACAACGGGAAGGAGGAUAUGGCACAGUUCCAAGAGGUUUGGUCACCGUUGCUUACGUCCACCUCGGGAUCUAUGCCGGCGCCUAUGCUGCGACGUUUCCGUCAAAGUUGUUGCUCACCUCUUUCCUUCUCAACUUUCUCCAUCCUCUUCACCCUGAUCGUUCGUUACGGCCGUUGGGUCAGUUGUGACCGGAAACCUAUUAAGGACGAGUCGGGAGGAUAAUAGUACUGCGGUGGAAGACAUAACCGGAGUACGCAUGUUGACUCUCCUCUCUCCUACCUAAGUAAACUCACGACAAGGGUAGGAAUAACAGACUUAACGGCCCUUCAGAAAUCUCAGUCUGUAUCGCAUAGUCAGGAGGGCUGUUCUUAGUCGUGUUGAGACGUUAUGGCAUUCCCACAAGCCGUUUCACGAACUCUCAAGGUCGUUUGGGCUGCGCUUCUAGCCGGGGUCGCAAGACUGGACAAGUCAUUUGCACCAAGCGACACUCUUCAUCGACUUUCACAACAUACGUUCACUCUCUAUGACUCUAUUUAUAUAGCCCACUUGGCCCUUGCCUCCUUCUGGAUCACAAUAAUGCAAGUCCCCGGCUUCCCGCUGAAGCUCAUGAUACCCACACUCUACAGUGUCGCCGUCCUCAUACCAUUCACAUCACAAUUCUUUGUCCCGGCGACACCUGUUUUCGCAUGGCUCCUCACGUUCUACAGUUCACGUUUCAUUCCAGACGAGUAUCGACCAAUUCCAAGUGUCGUAUUGCUCCCGACAUUGGAGUCGGUAUUGUAUGGAGCAAAUAUAUCUGAUAUCCUCACAAGGUGGACACAUCCUCUACUUGACAUUUUGGCUUGGAUCCCAUAUGGCGUUGUUCACUUCACAAUGCCGUUCGUCGUAGCCGCAUUCUUCUGGCUGUUCCGCCCCAAACAAGUCUUGCAUCAGUGGGCACGUAUAUUCGGAUAUCUCAACCUCGUUGGCGUUCUUGUCCAGAUCCUCCUCCCUUGCGCACCCCCAUGGUACGAAGUCAUCUACGGACUUACUCCUGCCAGCUAUUCCGUCAAGGGCUCUGCAGCCGGCCUCGCCCGGAUUGACAGGCUCUUCCAUUCAAAUGGAUAUACCGUCACCUUCUCCAACUCGCCGGUCGUAUUCGGCGCGUUCCCAUCAUUGCAUUCUGCGAAUGCUACAAUUGAAGCUCUCUUCCUCUCCCAUUUCUUCCCACACACCACGAAGUACAUUUGGGCGUACGCGGGAGUUUUAUAUUGGGCAACCAUGUACCUCACCCACCACUACCUCAUCGACGUCGUUGGUGGUUCGUGCCUUGCCGUGUUCUUCUUUCACGUCAUGCUUCCCGACGAAUUGCGAGGGUCCAUAGCGCUCACUUAUCCUCCAAACUUCAGCCAUGGCGUACUUGGUACCGGACGUUCCAAAUACGAAAUUUACGAUUUGGACGAGCCCGGACCCCGUGCUCGUGGCAGUCGGAGUGGAAACGGAGCUAUCAUGAGGGAUGCUGCGGAUUACGAUCUUGAGGACCUUUCAGAUAGGGAAUCCGAUGAGGAAGAGUUUGAUAUCACGUACCGCUCACCCGUGGUGCCUAACGGACCUGCUUCGGCGGCACCUCUGAUGAAGUCUAGUGCAGGUGGUGCUGCCCAGCCUGGAAAGAAAAGUCAUCGACAUACGGCUAGCAUCGCGAGUCUGAUCAGAGCAGAAGAGAGAGCGGAAGAUGGGUGGAGUCCAAUAGGUGGUUCAUUUAGGCUGCCGCCCACACCAACACGGGCGGAGAGGGAGGUCUAAUAGGUGGACAUCAAGACUUUGGAGAAUUCCAAAGUAGGGUGAAGGUUGCUUUUGCGGAUAUACGGUGACCGUUGACAGUCGUUUCUCGUACAUAGGCAUGUGUGUUGUUUCAUGGUCUGUAUUUAUCUGGUGUAAUAAUCGCAUUUGGUCUCUUCUAGGACUACACAGUAUAUAUCAGACGCUCUUUCGUUGUUGAUACCACCAAUUUAUCUUUCUUCUCACAAUCCCUGAUUUGUUACAGGCUACAUGACAUCCCUACCGUGUUCUCGUCAUCUACUGCGGCUAAGUCCUGCGACUCUGAAACCCAUACAACGCCAGCCUCGCUUCAUUCUUUUUAGCACCUCAACAUCAAUGUUGAAGGUGCAUCAAUGUUUGGCACGUGGAAGCCUACCCCAUUGUCCCUGUCCAACCCAAGCGAAUCCAUUUUUCAGUCUGUCCGGAAUGCACCGCGGAGCUGCCAAAAGCUAUCGGAUCUAUCUGGGGAGCAUCAAGACGGAAGGUGCGGGAUUUUUUAUAUGUCUUCUUGGAGUGGAGGUACAGGGAUUGUGGAGACUUGGUAUGCGAAUAUGGGGGACAACCGCAAAGACUCAUGAGGGUAUCCUCUGGGUUUAACAUCUGACCGCAGUA